CUUUGUGUGCGUUUCAGCUACUGGGACUGCACUUCCUGGAUUUCGGCGAGACAUUGCGCGCACCCAUGUCCCAUCGACGCGACGGAGUUCGUGUGGAGAAGAACAAGAGCCAGUCCAUAAUAUAUACCAUUUGCUCAUAUUAAGGCUUAUCUUAAGCUAGAUCAAUUUAACGCUUUAUCCAGUAUAGAAACAUCGAUGCGCUUUGAUUUCCGUCUACGUAAGACGGUUCGGGACAGCGGCGUUCUGGUCCGAUUCAAACAGGUGGAACACGAAUCAGGUGGAGUUGGGAGGAGGAGGGUAUCACGACAGACCGGGCUGCUAUAGCCAUUCCUUCUAAUUAGUUGUGGACCCGUGCUAAAAUAUGCACUCCUUAUUCUAGCCUUCAAAUAGGCUACCACGUUUUGUUGUAUCUGAUAUUCAAACCGCGAAUCUUUAUAGAUUGGAGACCUUUAACACACAGGUGGGAGAUACCCGUUUAAUAGGACGGCACCUCUUUCAGUUCCUCGGCGCAGGAUAUGAGCUACUGACAUUUGUUAUUACCCUUUGGGACAGGAGACGAACGGUUUCCGCUAACAGGUGUGAGAGUACACCAAUCGUUCAUUGCCUGAUACGGAAUCCUUCCUCAUUGUUCGCAGAAAUAUCAAACUCGUAUAUGGCUCCCUUUCUAACCAGGAGAGGGACAUUUAACAGUUAAUUGUAAUAAAUCGAUAAAUCGAGUAAAAUAGUGCAUUAUUAGUGUUUGGAGUUAUUUUUGAGACCCCGUCCUCCAAUCUAAAGGGACACGGGACAUCAGAGAGAAAUCAUGUCAACGAAAAAACCCAGCGUGGAUUUACCCAAAAGGAGCAGAAGCCCGGUGGCGUUAGAAGGAGAGAUGUUCGGCGAAUUUCAGGACUGGUGUCUCCGUACUUACGGGGACUCGGGUAAAACAAAGACAGUCACCCGGCGAAAAUACAAUAAGAUUCUCCAGACCCUUUCACACACCGAUGAGUCGGACCCGGUCUACAUUGAGAGCAACCACAUCAACGCCAAAUUCAAAUUCUGGGUGAAGUCCAAAGGGUUCCUUGUUGGGACAAUUCAAGGGGACCUGAACAAGAAUGGAGACGCCGACAGACCUGUCCUGUAUGUCCCUAUCAAGGCGACGUGUGCGGAUGGGGGCUCUGGGUCCGACUCCUCUCUGAAGAGGGUGGCGGUGGUGGAGGACUUCUUUGACAUCAUCUAUGCCAUGCACGUAGAUAUCAGCGCCGACCCCGGCAAAUCACCCAAACACGCCGGACAGAAGAAGACCUACAAAGCGAUUGCAGAGACGUAUGCCUUCCUGCCCAGGGAGGCAGUGACCCGUUUCCUGAUGAACUGUGGCGAGUGUCAGAAGAGGAUGCAUAUCAGCCCGGGUGGAGCAGAGUUCAAAGAGAAUGACAGACCGACAUCACUGGUGCCGGAUCUCAUCGACUACAACAUGCCGCUCACCACCACCUAUCUGAAGCAGAUGAAGCUUCAGUACAUGAGUACAAAUGAGCAGGAUGAGAGUUCAGUGAGCAGUGAGGACUUUGAUAUGACCGACCCCACAUGGAUAGCAGCUGAUCACGGCCCUGCUUCCAACCUGAGUCCCCCGAACCACGGAGAGAGAAUGCACAGCCCUCAGAACUCGCACAUUAAGGAGGAGGACGUGGGCUGUAGAGAUGCUUGGCUGUCGUGGUUGACGAAGCGUUGCCUGCUGCAGCUGCAGCUGCCAGGUAAAAGUGCAGAGGUAAUCUUCCCGGAGAGAGCCAUCAUUACAUGUCCGCUCGUGGCAAGCAGCAGCAGAUGGGUCCUGGAGGCAGCAUCGCACCCGGCGGAUGGGAUGCACCGCCGAAAAUAA